AUGAUUAGAAACCAUAAUCUAUCUAUCGAUACAGCUGCCGCUCGCGGUCAAAACAUUAACACAUCUCCCGAAGAUUUGAGUGAUGAAUCCGACGAUGACUUGUCACCCUCCCCUAUAAUCGAUGAAAAUAUCGAUUUUUCCUUAGUUUAUGCGUUACAUAAUUUUAAAGCGACUGUCGAAGGACAAACUACCGUUGACAAAGGUGAUUCACUAAAUUUGUUGGAUGAUUCGAAUAGUUAUUGGUGGUUGGUUAAAGUUGUGAAAACCGAAGAAGUUGGUUAUAUACCUGCUGAGAACAUUGAGACACCUUACGAACGAUUGGCGAGAUUAAACAAACACAGAAAUGUCACUUUAAGCUCAUCACUAAAUAAUACUGAAGAGGAUAAUUUACUUAAUGAUCAGAAAAAAUAUCAAGGCAGGAAAGUCGUUUUUUUCACAUCUCCAGAAUUUAUUGAGACGACAACCCAAGAAAAAGUUGAAAUAGAUGAACCUGUGGAAGAAAAUAGGAAUGUGAAUCAAGAAACUGCAACGUCACACUCUGUAUCAACACAAGUCGAUGAAAAUAUUAAUCCAUAUACUUUGAGAGAAUUUACUAGUCCAACACCAACAGGACAAAAUGGGCAACAAGACGGGUUGCAUCGUCAAAAAUAUGGUUAUCCUGCGGAACAGCAACACGGAUUAUCUAUAAGUAAUCCGACGACACCGACCACGGAAAUAUCAAAAAACGCUGUGAAAAAAGGAAUAUUUAAGAGUCUAUUUAAAUGGAAAAAGAGAGCUACGCAAUCUAAAACUAACCAUAAUACCGGUACUACCAGUGCUAACGGUACUAACAGUACUCCUCGACCCAGUAUUGAUUCGCAACAAAGUUCACCUAAACAAGUUCUUCAUGAAUACUGCGUUAUUCGCGUCUUUGCUGGUCAAAAUUUGCCAACAAAUUUCCAAUCUAAAACUAUAUUGUUACAUAAAAAUUCAACUACAACAUCAUUUAUAAAACAAGCGAUACAACGGUUUAAAUUAGAUGAUGGAAAUUUUGAUAAUUAUUAUAUUUCCAUAAAAGAAAUAAAUAAAGAUGAAAAAUAUUUAAUUCCUGAUCAAAAUCCGUUCGAAAUUUUCUCCCAAUUAAUUUCAUAUUAUUCAAUAACAUUACCAUCUAUUCGAAGAUCAUCUAUUUCUUCAAAUCUUUCAGAUGAUGAAACAAUCAAGAAAUUACAAUUACAUGAUGGUCCAAAUACUGUUUGUUUAUGUUUAAACAAAAAAACAAAAGUCGGUGAAAAAAAGUUACGUGUCCGUGUCCUUAUUUAUCCGGAUGAUUUACCCGUUAGUCUUCGAUCAACAAAAGUGACCGAAUCUCGAACAUCUAUGUCUGUACCUAAGCAUCUUGCUGAAAAAGCUGCAAGAAGACGUUCGAAAGAAGAAGCAAAACCUAAAGAAAAAUCAUUAAUUGUAACUGCAAAUGCAACCGUUAGACAGGUUAUAGAAAAAGCGAUGGACAAAAUUGGUAUUACUGAGGGCAUUGUUGAUGAUGGUGGAAUAUACGAUGAUGAAAAAUUACGUUAUCAACUUAUGAUUAUAGUCAACGGUGAAGAAAAAUUUAUUAACCCGAAUGCUAACAUAAUUUCCGUCUAUCAAUCACCACCGGACCUUCGUCAUUUUUCUAUGGAUUCAAUAGAUUCACAAUCAUCUUUAGCAUUAGAUUAUCGUCCUGAUGAGUCUAUAUUUGUUUUAAGACUUUUAAGACCAGAAGAACGGCAACAACGUGCAAUGCCAUCAGCUGAAGAAGUGAAACGUUAUACUCAAGAUGUUAGAAUGUUAGGAACAACUAAUCAGCAAUCAAUAGAUAGAGAGGAUGCAUUAGUAAAAAAACAUCUUAUUGAACAACAACGUCAAUAUAGUCAAGCAAGACAAAAAUCCAUUAUAUCUGCACGGAAAAAUCAAGAACAAGGUGUCGAUAUUGUUACUGACAUGGGUGCUAUUCGGAGUUCACGUGUUUUUGGAAAUAGAGUACGAUACUCUUUUAUUUCAGCAGGAGGAGAUACUUUUGAUAUUAGUAAACUUAUUGAAGAUAUGUGGGGUGAUGAUGAAUUAUUAAACAUAAAUGAUCAAGAUGAACAAUCGUCAUUAGACCAAAAUAAUGAAUCCGCAGAUUCUUUAGCAGUUAACGCUAAAAAACAAAGACGGAGAAGUACAACACAAGAAGUUGAUAUUUUAGAGAAACUAAUGAUUAACCAAGAUAAUGAUGAAUUACCUGAAGAUAAAAAAGUUAAAAUUGAACAAGUAUUGAGCAAGGUUAAGGCUGGUCAUUAUGAAAACGGUAAUGUUCCAAGCAUUACAUCCGCACUUCGGAACAGACGAAACAAUAAUGCUAAUGAUAUAAAUGAAUCACCACAAACUUUACAAUACAAACAUGAUACCUCCAUUAAUAAUGUCGUUAAUAAUGUUAAUGGUAGAAAUGAAUCACCACAAACUUUACAAUAUAGGCAUGAUAUCUCCGUUAAUCAUGUCAUUAAUAAUGUUAAUGGUAGAAAUGAAUCACCACAAACUUUACAAUCUAGACAUGAUAUCUCCAUUAAUAAUGUCAUUAAUAAUGUUAAUGGUAGAAAUGAACUAUCACCAACUUCACAAUCUAAACAUGAUAUCUCCAUUAAUAACGGAGAUAUGACUAAUGAUUUAUUACCUAAUACUACCAAUAAUAACUUAUUCCAAAAUAUGGAUGAUAAUCAAAGUAUUAUUGGAUCAACCGCCUCCCUUUUAGAAAAUGAUUGGGUAUUAUCAGAUGAUUUUGGAUUGCAAGAACUUUUAGUACUUGUUAGAUCAGGAGUAAACAUGUUGGAAAUAAAGCAAAGGAGGAGAAGCGGAUGGCAUUUACAUGAUGAUCCUGAAAAAAUUCUUGAACGGAUUAAUCCCGCAGAUAUUAGAGAUGAAAUUAGAUCAGUGUUUGAGGGUGUAAAUGAUGAACUUGAUAUAUUAGAAUUGGAAUUGGAUCGAAUAAUGGACGAUGCUAUAAGAGUUUUUUAA